AAAAACACUGCACGUACCUCAAUAUUCCGUUUUCUGCCAUGAACUACAAAUUGGGAACCACUUUCCACAAAAUAUACACAACUAUAAGUAAAGUUAAAUUCAGUCUCUCUUUUGGGACUAAUAAUGUUGAUUUUAAAGCAACCCGAAAGUUAUCUUACUUGCAAAUCGAACAACAACAAGAAACUUCUUACACAACAAGAAGUAGCAAUUAUGUCGGGUCAAAAUCAAAUUUUUUCGAACAAUCUCUUGCAGCCCAGUUGGAAUGUAUGUUCCGGGAUUGUUCAAAUUUUGAUGCAUCAAUGGUGCAACGAGUUAGACAAAUUCAUGCUCAUGUUGUUGUUAGUGGCAUGAGUGAUAGUCUUACAUUGGGUUCAAGAAUUUUGGGGAUGUAUAUUCUUUGUGGAAGAUUCAAUGAUGCUGGUAACUUGUUUUUCAGACUUCAAUUAUGUUAUAGUCUUCCUUGGAAUUGGUUAAUAAGAGGUUUUUCUAUGUUGGGUUGGUUUGAUUUUGCAUUGAUGUUUUUCUUUAGGAUGUUGGGUUGUAAUGUUGCACCUGAUAAGUACACAUUCCCUUAUGUGAUUAAAGCAUGUGGUGGUUUGAAUAAUGUUCCAUUAUGUAAGAUGGUUCAUGAUUUGGCUCGGUCCAUGGGAUUUCAUAUGGAUUUGUUUAUUGGUAGUUCUUUGAUAAAGUUGUAUACAGAUAAUGGUUAUAUUCAUGAUGCUAGAUAUCUGUUUGAUGAAUUGCCUCUGAGAGAUUGCAUUUUGUGGAAUGUCAUGCUCAAUGGUUAUGUGAAAAAUGGGGAUUUUGGCACGGCGAUUAGAACUUUUCAGGACAUGAGGAACUCUAACAGUAAGCCUAAUUCGGUCACGUUUAUUUGUCUUUUGUCUAUAUGUGCUACGAGAGGGUUACUUGGUGGCGGUAUUCAGCUUCACGGUCUUGUUAUUAGGAGUGGAUUUGAGUCUGAUCCUCAGUUGGCUAACACGCUUAUUACAAUGUACUCCAAAUGUGGGAACCUUUUUUAUGCUCGCAAGCUUUUCGAUACGAUGCUACAGACUGAUACUGUGACUUGGAAUGGUUUGAUUGCUGGAUAUGUACAAAACGGAUUUACAGACGAGGCUGUAACUUUGUUUAAAGCAAUGAUCGCUAGUGGAGUCAAACCUGAUUCGAUCACAUUUGCAAGUUUUCUUCCUUCUAUUCUUGAAUCUGGGAGUCUCAAUAAUUGUAAGGAAGUUCAUAGUUAUAUAGUGCGGCACGGGGUGCCUUUUGAUGUCUACUUGAAGAGCGCUCUGGUUGACAUAUACUUCAAGGGUGGAGAUGUGGAGAUGGCUCGCAAGACUUUCCAGCAGAAUACAUUGGUUGAUAUUGCAGUUUGCACGGCUAUGAUCUCAGGCUACGUACUGAACGGGAUGAAUAUUGAAGCUAUUAACAUUUUUAGGUGGUUAGUUCAAGAGGGAAUUAUGCCUAAUUGCCUGACCAUGGCUAGUGUUUUGCCAGCUUGUGCUGCUUUGGCAUCUCUCAAAUCAGGGAAGGAAUUGCACUGUGACAUUCUGAAAAAAGGACUGGAGAAUGUGUGUCAAGUGGGAUCUUCCAUCACAUAUAUGUAUGCAAAAUGUGGAAGAUUGGAUCUUGCAUAUCAAUUUUUCAGAAGAUUGCCUGAAAAAGAUAGUGUUUGUUGGAACCUAAUGAUUGUAAGUUUCUCGCAGAAUGGGAAACCUGAAAUGGCCAUCAAUCUUUUUCGUCAAAUGGGAAUGAGUGGAACAAAGUUUGACUCUGUGAGCCUCUCAGCUACUCUAUCUGCUUGUGCAAAUUUAUCUGCACUCUAUCACGGGAGAGAGUUACAUUGCUUUGUGGUAAGAAAUUCAUUUAUCUCCGACACUUUUGUUGCAAGUGUACUAAUAGACAUGUAUUCUAAAUGCGGAAAACUAGCUUUGGCUCGAUGUGUGUUCGACAUGAUGGGUUUGAAGAAUGAAGUUUCAUGGAAUAGCAUUAUUGCUGCCUAUGGAAACCACGGUCGUCCUAGAGAAUGCCUUGAUCUAUUUCAUAAAAUGUUAGAAUCUGGGAUUCACCCUGAUCAUGUUACUUUUCUUGUUAUAAUGUCUGCUUGUGGGCAUGCAGGCCUAGUCGAUGAAGGUAUAUCCUAUUUACGUUGCAUGACCGAGGAAUAUGGGAUAAGUGCUAGGAUGGAGCACUUUGCAUGCAUGGUAGAUUUGUAUGGUCGUGCUGGUCGUUUACAUGAAGCAUUUGAUACUAUAAAGAGCAUGCCAUUCACCCCAGAUGCAGGUACUUGGGGGUCAUUGCUCGGAGCUUGUCGGCUUCAUGGCAAUGUUGAGUUAGCUAAACUUGCUUCAACGCAUCUUCUUGAGUUAGACCCGGAAAAUUCUGGAUACUAUGUUUUGCUUUCAAAUGUACAUGCUGGUGCGGGGGAAUGGGAAAGUGUUGUUAAGGUUAGAAGUUUAAUGAAGGAAAAAGGGGUUCAGAAGAUACCUGGAUAUAGCUGGAUUGAUGUCAUUGGUGGCACUCAUAUGUUUUCUGCUGCCGAUGGAAGUCACCCUCAAUCUGAUGAGAUCUAUUUGAUUUUGAAGAGUCUUCUUCUUGAGUUGAGAAAACAGGGUUAUGUUCCUCAACCUUAUCUUCCAUUGCACCCACAAAUCAUGAGCAAUAAUUGAUUUAUUUCAUGUUCUCAUCAUCAGUCAUAACACAUAUUGUUUGAUGAGGCAAUACAUAUCAUUAUUACAAAAAUACCAACUGAACUUAUUUAUGGGAAUGCUUCCAGGCACCCCUUAUGCUGCUAAUUGUCAAGAUGUGAUUAUUCAUCAUUAUAUGUGUUUUGCAGCACUAACAUAUAAUUCGAAGUUAUACUUCAAAUAUUUGUAUGCCCUGCACAAGUAUUAGAAAGAGAACUAAAACACAGAAAAAGAAGCGGUCUUUGUUAUUUAUGGUUUGGAAAUAGUAUUUAAGAACUACGAAAUGCAAAACCCACAAAAAUAUUAUUAUCUUUGGAUUUGGAAGACAUGUCCACCAUAAAUUACAAAAGUGCACUCCCUGCAAUAUAUGCUGCUAAAUUACAAACACCCAGAAGCCAGCUUCUUGGCAAGUUUUUCUUGUUUAUGGGAUGCUUAUAAAACCAUCAACAACAACCAAACUUUAUCCCACUGAGUAGGGUCAACUACAUGGACCAAACGACACCAUAACGUUCUAUCAUUUCAAAAUAUUCCAGUGCAUUAUGGUAAAGAUGCGAAGUUGACUGUCUCUCGUGAUGGUGUUCUUCUUCCAAUGAGUCGAUCUCUUGUCAAAUCUAAGAAGAGGACAGAUGUACAGAUAAGUAAGACUUUCUGUCUUUGAUUGAAUCUCUCACAGGCACUCUUAUUUUGAUUAUUUUUCUCAAAGAUUAACCAUUUCAAAAGUUUAAUCUAUUGGGUGGAAACCCAUAAAUGGUAUUUCUUACAUUUUCAUUUUAUCGUGCUUGGUUUGUUGCUCAUAAUAUUGUUAUUUGUUCACAUUAACCAAUUUAAAUUUAUCGCUUAAAAUAAGUUGAUCUUA